AUGCCUCCCCAGAUCAAGCAGGACCUCAACCGGUCCGGGUGGGAGUCGACGGACUUCCCCUCUGUUUGUGAGAGUUGCCUCCCAGACAACCCCUACGUGCAGAUGUUGAAGGAGGAUUACGGUGCGGAGUGUAAGAUUUGUACGCGCCCUUUCACCAUCUUUCGCUGGAAGGCCGACCGCACGGCGCGGACCAAGCGGACCGCGAUCUGCUUGACCUGCGCUCGUUUGAAGAAUUGCUGUCAGUCAUGCAUGCUGGACCUGUCUUUUGGUCUGCCGAUCGUCGUCCGAGAUGCAGCACUCAAGAUGGUGGCACCCGGGCCGCAGAGCUCGAUCAACCGCGAAUAUUACGCCCAGGAACACGAGAAGGAACUCGAGGAAGGCCGGGGAGCGGUGGAGGAAUACGAAAAGACCGACGAGAAGGCCCGUGAACUGCUGCGACGCCUCGCUACCAGCGGACCGUACUACCGCAAACCACGCGCCAUCGAAGGGUCCGCUGAUGCAGAGGGAGACGCGCCGGGGCCGUCGUCGUCGGAGCCCGCAUCUGCCACGCACAGUCGCUAUGGCAAUGGACCUGGACCCAUCCGCACAAGCGACAGCCGGCGAGGCACCACGCUACCGGGACGAGGGCGUGGGAACAUGCGUGGUGGUCGUGGUGGUCCUGGUGGUGGCUCUCGUGGAGGACGUUCAUUCCCGAGUACUGCGCAGCUUCCUCCCUCGGCGGAGGACAUCUUGCCACCUGCUGAUCCCAACAUCACCUCUCUCUUUGUAACCGGUGUGGAGGACGAUCUUCCCGAGCAUGAACUGCGGGCAUUUUUCACACAGUUCGGCCAGUUGCGCUCACUGAUCUGCUCUCAUCGUUCCCACUGUGCCUUUGUCAACUACGCCACACGCGACAGCGCUGAGGCCGCUGCCAAACAGUGCCAGGGCAAGGCUGUCAUUAAAGGCUGUCCUCUACGCAUCCGCUGGGGCAAACCGAAGCCCCUGGACAGCAUGGAUCGUGAAGAGCGGAUCAAGAAUGCUAGAGAAGGAAGAUCAGCCGCCGGCCAAGGCCGCAGACCAGCCGCUGGCAACAGAGCGAUCACGGCAGCCGGGGAGAGCGGAACCGAGACACAGGCGGCGGCGUAUGCUCUUGCACCACCACCUGGCACCGGCGAAGUUCAAUACUCCAGCCUGUCUGGUGAUUGA